GAGCGACCAAACGCGCACCUCGCAGUCGCCAGCGUGCAUCGGGCCAAGAAAACACGGGCCAUGCGUUACGUUUCAGUGUGUUCCUCCGGUUGGGCGGUACUGCUCUGCAUUGCAGUGCUGCAGCUCAUUCCGGAUGGCACUGUGUGCCUGCACGCGAACCUAACCCUUCCGCAGCCGUUCAACGUGUCGGCGGAGGUGAAUCAUACCCUGCCCAGCAACAGUCUGCCACCGUUGGCAACGGUUGCCCCGGACAACUCCACGCCGAGCUGGAAUCCGAUCCCCCACUACCGUCAUGCACACUACGAUCCGGCCGGUAAGGUGCUGUGGUUCCCGCGCAUCAUCGGCGGUACGCUGGCAACGGUCGGCGAGUUCCCGGCCAUGGUGUCGCUGCAGCUGGUGCGCAAUUCGGCCCACGUUUGCGGCGGUACGCUGAUCACGAUGGGCCACGUAAUGACCGCUGCGCACUGUGUUACGAAUGUGCGGGGUGAUGCACAGCCGGCCUCUCAGUAUCAAGUAAUGGGUGACGACCUCUACGUGCUGCAAGCAAUGGCCAGCCCGUUGCGGCAGACGCGUCGCGUCAGCUCCAUCCACGUUCAUCCGAAGUACGACGCGUCGCUCUUCAUCAACGACGUGGCGAUCCUGCGCGUCGCGUCCGAGUUCCGCAAAACGGACACGUUUUUCCCCGGGAAGCGCAUCCAGAAGGCGCCCAUCUACGGCGAUCGCUGCAGCUUGGCCGGCUGGGGCGUUACGGACGAGCAGUCGAGGGCGACGAGCCCGAAUCUGCUGCGCAUCAACGUGGUGAUCAGCGACUUCGGCACGUGCAAUGCGGUGUUCGGCAAUCUGCUUACGCUCGGCAUGCUGUGCGCGGAGGCACCGGGCCGGGACGCUUGCCAGGGUGAUUCGGGCGGGGCAUUGCUGUGUGCUGGCGGGCGCGUAGCUGGCAUCGUAAGCUUCGGGGACGGGUGCGCCAAACCGGGUGUGCCGGGUGUGUACACCGACGUGGCGCACUACGAGAAGUGGAUCAACGGGGUGCUGCGAAACAGUGGCCAACGUUCGGUCGGAUAUCUGGCCGGGCUGGUCAUGUUUACCUGGGCUGUGAAGCACUUGCUGAGAUAGUGUGGUAGAGCGGGAGAGCGAUCACGUGAUGUAUUUAGCGUCUUAAAGAUAGGUGCGGGAAGGGAGAUAUCGGUAGAGAAUUAAAAGCGACUUUUGCUCACACCCAAA